CUGGGUACGAGAAUGGGUAACAGGCUUACAAUAACUGUUACAUUCAAAUUGUGGCUGGACAAUACAUUCAAUAUGUUAAAGAUGGGAAGGAAAUUUGAUACAAUAUUAAUGGUUUAUAAGAUUUUUUCAAGUUUAUACAAAUAUUACUGUAAAUAGUACAAUAUUUUAUACCAUCAGUCUGAGGUGUUUCAGCAACAUAUGUGAAAGUAGAAGCAUGCUUUGCUUGAUUCUUUGCAACCAGAGAUGAAGUAAGGUUUUUACAAACCAUAGAUUUCUUCAGAAACCGGUGAAAACGACACGUUGAAAUUGCAGCCAUGUUUUUUAUAUUGUUCUUGCGAACUUAUUACCUAGGAUCUUAUCUCCGGUACUUUACUCUUCGAGAAUUGUACCUGGGAACUUAUUUCGUAGGGACGUAUUUCGUAGGGACAUUUUACCCUACGAGAUUAAUACUCAGAGGCGUAUCCCCGGGAUUCUCGCGUGGGAUACGCGUGGCAUCCACGCAGCACGUGGUUGCAUGGCAACAAGGUUGUCAUGGCAACAUGUAAAAUAAAAAAGAACGGCCAUUUUGAAAGAGAAGAGAAAAACAAAAUGGGUCAAGAUUAUUACAGCAUUCUUGAGCUCACAAAAGGAGCGAGCGAUGCAGACAUAAAGAAAUCGUAAGUAUAUACACUAGGGCAUAUUUCGUCCAGCUUUUUAGUUUUCAAUAUAGCCAAUGGAUAUGUAUAAAUUUGUUAAAUAGAAAUGAUAUUACAGAAAUGUACAAAAUUUCUGACUUCAUCAUUGUCCUAGUAACCCGUGUCAAAAGUAACCCUUGUGUCUAUAUUUUUUUGCAAUAUUGUUUUCAUACAGUAGUAAUUUAGUAAAGAAAUUUGACUAUUGAAUAAUAAGUCAAAUUUAUAUAAUAAGAACAUUGGGUUAAACAAGAAUUUUAUAUGUACCCUACUUUGUUAAUAUUUUGCUGGCAGUCUGUCACCUGGGUAAAGUAACAAUAUCUCAUUUUUUAUCUUUGAAGGUAUAGAAGAUUGUCACUGAAAUUCCAUCCAGACAAAACUCAAGAACCUGGGGCUGAACGGAAAUUCAAACAGGUUGCCGAAGCAUAUGAUAUACUAAGUGACCGUAAGUUCUGCCGUAUCAUUAUCGAAGUGACUAUAUGGCCGGCAGCCGGUCACGGUUUAUCAAAUACUAAAUGGCCGGCAGUCUAGUGACUAUAGUUGAAUAUAAAAACUUUUGUUUGCGUUAACUUUUACCGAGCUUGCUGUUAGCUCAUACGGCAAGGGCGCUGCGUGCGGAAAGGUUAAGCGCAGUCGGGGUCGCGAUGUGUUUUGUCUGACUUAGCAUUGUUUUUUCUUAAAAUUUUUUAAACUUUUUUUCCCGACUUUUCUAACUCUCAAAAGGUUAGGGUUAGGGGUUAGGGGUUAGGGUUAGAAAGGGUUUGGGGUUGGGGAUAGGUUUAUCUUAUAAAAAUUAAACUUUAACUAUAGUCACUAGACUGCCGGCCAUUUAGUAUUUUAUAAACCGUGACCGGCUGCCGGUCAUAUAGUCACUUCGUAUCAUUAUAUAACUGGUAACAUGGUUUUGUAUGUAUAAUUGCUGAAAUUCUCUUAUUUAUUUUACAGCAAAGAAACAGGCAAUCUAUGAUCAAUUUGGAGAAGAAGGAUUAAGGAAUGGAGUGCCAGACAGUGAUACAGGUAUACAAGUAAAAAUCUUGUUCCAGACUUGUCUACGACAGUGUGGACAUAUCCAGAUAUCAGCUUUGCACAAUUUUACAGUCUGGCUAGUCAAUAUAUUUCAGUGUGGAUUAUAACGGUCGGCAGUCGGCUAUUUGCCAAACAAAAACACCGAAUGGCCGAUCAAUUUCAUUCUGCACGGACAUUUUGACUGAUCAAAUAGAAUAGACAAUGUUCAUUUUAAUUGAAUGUAGCUUAUGUAAAAAGUACUGUUUGAAAAGAAUACUAUACCUACUGUACCAUACAAAUUACAAUCAAUAAAUAUUUGGAUGAAAAAAGCAUUCAGAGGAAACAUUGUCAUUGAGCUUCUCAUUUAGCAAAUACUCUCUCAAGUGACCGAAUCUCGAUAGUAAGUCUAUAGCGUUUCCAAUACUAAUUACUACUUACAAAAGACAUUUUAUUUUUUCGUAAAAAUGGUCGAAAUAGUUGGCCGACCAUUCUUUGCCGAUGUCCGAGCAACAGUCUUGUUGAUCGGACAUUUAUCAGACCUAAGCAAAAACGGUAUAAUCCACACUGAUAUAUUUUACAAUGUGAUAUAUGACAGAAAAAUUUCAUCUAAUUUCAAUGACAGGAGGAUGGACACCAGGCUACACAUUCCAUGGUGAUGCUAUAAAGGUGUUCAGAGAGUUCUUUGGAGGUGACAAUCCCUUUUCAGGUGAGCAAGGGUAUUAACAUACAGAAAGCUUGGGAUUGAUAGGGAUGUAACUACUGGAAAAAUACAAGAACAACAACGUUUCGAGCAAAGUCACCGAAGCUCUUACCUACACUGGCACAAAGAUUUCCAAGGAGAGAUUUUGCAGGAUAUAAGGCAAUGAUCAUUCCUACCCAGGCGUAAAAAAAAUACCUGUGGUUCCGGUUCCCGACCGACCCUUUUUUUUCUGCCGACCCUAUUAUUUUUUCAACGCGAUUGACCGUGCGACCCUAUUUUCUCCAGUACAGGUGGUUGCGGGCUGCUCAUACAGCGUGCCAAAAUGGCGUCUGUUACAAUAAUUAUUGAACCAAAUUGCCUCAAUUCGUCCAUAGGAAAUACGCACCUCUAGUUAAUAUUGAUGUCGGGACUCUACUGCAAAUCGCCCAGCAAAAAAAACGGCAAAACCAUGAAAAAAAUAUUAAAAAAAAAAAUUUUAUUUCCGACCUACCGACCGUAAUUUUUUCACGAUAUGAAACCGGAACUACAGGUAUUUUUUUUUUACGCCCAAUGAUCAUUCCUACCCACCCAUAUAAAGAAAUUGUUUGAUAACAACAGAAACAGGGCCACUCUCUAAUAACUGAACUGGUCAGAGUGCUGCACUGGCAUCUCAAGGCUGCAGGUGCUAAGUGUAAAGAGCAUAGACAGAUUUUCUAGGGGGGCACAACCCCCUCCCCCCCGCCUGAAUUUUUGGUACUUCCCAGAGAAAAAUUCGAAAAUUCUUUUAUGGUGAAGAGGUAUGAAAGUUGAAGAGUAUGACGUUUGUUCACUCUGCAAACAGCCAUGUUCUUUAUGAAGCAUGUUUUUUUAAUAACACCAUCUCAAUUUGGGAUCCCCUAUGAGCUUGGGGCAUGGUCCCAGUAACAUAUAGCAAGAUCUGGAAAAAAAACACAUUAUUUUCGAUCAUUGCAGAGUUAUUUGAUAAUUAUGAUCCUGAAAUUGGAUUUGGAGGUGCUCAUGGGCGUGGUCGUCGGAAGCAAGAUCCACCAAUAGAAAGAGAGCUAUAUUUGACUUUAGAGGAAGUAUUCAAGGGAUGUACAAAGAAAAUGAAAAUAUCGCGGAGAGUAAGUGAUUGCCUUUAUCUCUAUGAGAAUUUCUGCGAACAUAAUGACCUCGAGAUUGUGGGGGGGGGGGAGCAAAAAUGUUGGGGCGUACACACAAUAGUAAUUGCCUGUUGAUGUUACGCUCAUGUUCUCCAAAAGUAUAUUUGAUUUUUGCAACUUUAGUAACUCUUCGGAUUGAGUCAUUCCAGAAAACAUCCAUACCACCCCCACGGAGGAAAUAGGAAGUUAACCCCCCUACCCCCUUCGGAUGUCCUAAUACAUUUACUAUUAUCAGAAACAAUUUUUUCUCCCCUCCCCCUCCGGACGGCAGAAAUUUCCUCUGUGGGGGAAGUAUGGAUCUUUUCUGGAACGACCCAUUAUCAUUUAAGUGGCAAUUUAUCCUGAUGAGGGCUUAUACUUUGUUAUUUUACUCUAACACCAGACAGUUAAUUACCUGUCGAUGGGAGAGUACUGUCACUCAAAGGAUUAAUCAAACAAGGACUUUAUAAGUUCAUGUUUUCGUUGCACUUUGAUAGGUAAUGAAUGAAGAUGGUCAUACAUCAAAUAUUCGUGAUAAGAUCCUCACAAUCAACGUGAAACCUGGUUGGAAGUCUGGCACUAGGAUAACUUUCCCUAAUGAAGGUGAUCAAGGACCAAAUAAUAUUCCAGGUAAUUUCUAGAAUUUCUUGUUAUUAAUGAGAGAAAAUUAUAGACCUUUAACUCUUUAUUGCACCAAUACACCUCAUUUUCAUACUUGGCCUGUUCCAGUAUGGCAGUACUGCAUAGCAAGCAUGUACAGCAUGGUUUGCACAAGGCAAUUGAGGCAGGAGUGCAAUGAAUGGCUUGUCUAAAUGAGUUUGCCAUUUUUAAUGUUCUAAUUUGUAGCUGACAUUGUGUUCAUUGUGAAAGACAAACCUCAUUCAAUAUUCAAAAGAGAAGGCAAAGAUCUUUUCUUUACUGCUACUGUACCUUUAGGCAAGGUAUGUAUACAUCAAUCCAAAAUUAUCCAUAUGGGAACUUAUUGUAGAAGAGUACCUACACUAGAAAUCUGGACUUUGGGGGGGGAGGGGCUGCCCCCCCCCCCCUAGUGUUGGUUUAUUGUACCCUGUUAACACUGUGUAAGGAAAGUCCUAUUCUUUAACAGGCUUUAACUGGAUGCACUGUGGAUGUGCCAACUUUGGAUGGAAGAUUGAUCAGUGUUCCUAUAAAUGACAUUGUCAAGUAAGUGGUUUUAGUCAAUAUUCUGCAUAAUAUUUGGUAAAUAGGCAAUUCCAGCUUGUUUAUGCCUGCAGGGGAUGAUGGGAAGUAAGGUAUCAUAUUGCCGAUUAUGAUGAAAAAUUUCAGUAAAAACUACCGAAACAUUUCAAUAUUUACAAGUAUAAGCUACCACUCCGUGUUUACACGGCCACCAUUUUUAUUUUUUCAGCAUAAUCAGCAAUGUGAUACCUUACUUCCCAUCGUCCCCUGCACGCAUAAACUAAGAGCUGGAAUUGCCUAUUGUGUUGUUGAUGCAAAUUGCCAAUGCCUGAAAAUCUUAAAUUUGCGGAAAACGGCUUUUUUAACGUGAAAUAUUUGCGCCUCGUUUUCAGGCCUGGUUAUACCAAACGCGUGCCUGCCGAAGGAGUACCCACGUCAAAAGAUCCGAAUAUUCGAGGAGAUCUUGUCAUCAAUUUUGACAUUGCUUUUCCGAACAAACUGAGUUCGGAACAAAAACGACUUUUGAAAGAUGCUUUAUUGCCAUGAUAAUUUAGGGGUUUGUUGGUUUCAAGAAAGAACGUAAUUGUUGUACAGUUAUAUUAUGUUGAUGUAAUUUCUUUGUACAUAUAAAGACUGAAUUUUAUGGCGUUGCAACAAUUUUUGAUUUUGGAGGUUCCUGGGUAUCCUGUGUGAAUGGGGAUAGCAUCGCCUACAGUAUUUACACUACAGCAAGAUGGUCAUUGUGCGUCACAUAUAGCUACAGUAUUCUGUUUCGUGUACGGUUUAACUCUUCGUGUUUUACGGUAACCUCACAACACACGCCUUUCGGAGGUCUUAGAAAGUUUUUUACAAUAUUUAUAGUAAAAUAAUACAAUAAAUUGGUUUUAAUAUUUUAUAUUUGUCGCCUAGAACAGAACAUAUAAUAAAUACUUUGUCUAUAUUUACAAAAUGCCAGCUUAUAAUAGUAGCAAGUUCGGAAACAAAAUCAGUCAGUUCAGAAAUAAAAUCUUGCACAAGAUUCAUAAACACAAUGUACGGUAUGGUGGCGUAGUCUUCAUAUACGGC